AUGAUGAGAACUAAUUGCCUUAUUGUCAUGCUCUUUCUCUUUCGCUUUGCUCCACUCUACUCCGACGCCUUGGCCGACACAGCCACCACCCGGCGAGGGUCAGCAUCGCUUAUGAGUCCAUUGAUUCCUGUGAAUUUGGAUGUGAACGAGCCAGAGGUGAUUGAGAUAGCGAAUUUUGCAGUGAGCGAGCAUAACAAGAGAUCUAAUCCGAUGCUGAAACUAUCACAGAUCCUUAGUUGUACAAAAUUAUAUCUCACAAUUGGAGCCUCCUACUCCCUUCAGCUGCUGGCACAUGAUGGCUUCGAGACUCUCAAUUACUCCGCUCGAGUAUUUCAUCAAACCUCCAUCUUUAAUUCCUCCUAUCAACUCCGAAGCUUUGAACUUGUUCCUCCCCCUCUUCAGUAA